AUGCAACUCUUGACACUCUUCCUGCUUGCGGGCGGUUCGCUGGCCGCACCGCACAUGGAGCACGAGCUGCGCCAGCUGACGCACCCGGAGCUCAGCAAGCGCAUCGACCCCUCGGCGCACCGCGACUUCGAUCUCGACGCCAUCCGCAAGAUCAAGAACGUGCAGCUCGGCCCGCGCCCGUACUACCUCGUCGAUGACCUGGAGCCCUCGCCCCUCAAGGACAAGCUCCAGAAGUGUACCGAGAAGCCGGCCAAGACGUCGCACUGGAGCAUCGGCCACCGUGGUGGAGGCACCCUCCAGUUCCCCGAGCACACCGUCCAGUCCAACCUUGCCGGUGCGCGUAUGGGUGCUGGUGUUCUGGACCUCGAGCUGGUGUGCCGUCACUCGCAGUGCGAUCUGCACACGACCACCAACGUCGUUGCAACCGAGCUGGGCAAGAAGUGCACGACGCCCUUCCAGCCGGCCACGGCCAACUCGACCGCCAAGGCCCGAUGCUGCACCUCCGACUUCACGCUGGACGAGAUCCUCUCGCUCUGCGGUAAGAUGGACAGCUUCAACGCCUCCGCGACGACGCCGGAGGACUACCUCGGCAACGUCCCCGCCUGGCGUACGACGCUCUACAACCAGUGCGGCACACUGAUGAGCCUGAAAGACCACAUUGCCAUGGUCGAGAAGCUCGGCCUCGAGCACACCCCUGAGCUCAAGCUUCCUGAGGUUCCCAUGCCGUUCAACGGCGACUACACCCAGGAGAAGUACGCCCAGCAGCUCAUCGACACGUACCGCGAGUGCGGCGUGAACCCGAAGAAGUUCUGGCCCCAGAGCUUCCACUAUCCCGACGUUGUGUACUGGAUCAAGAAUGCGGGCAAGUACGGCAAGCAGGCGGUGCUGCUCGACGAGACGCUGCCAAUCGACCAGGCCGCGGACAAGAUGACCCAGUACAAGAAGGACGGUGUUAAGAUCCUCGCGCCGCCCACGCCCUACCUCCUCGACGUUCAGAAUGGCACCAUCGUCCCCUCCGAGUACGCCAAGAAGGCCAAGGAGCACGGGUUCGACAUCAUCACGUGGUCGCUCGACCGAAGCCCGCCUGUCAAGCAGGCCAAGGAGACCAAGGACUACUACUACGAGACCUUCCUCGAUGGCCUCCACCGCGACGGCGACCUGUAUCGCGCCAUUGACGUCAUGGCUCAGCAGGUUGGCGUCAAGAAGAUGUUCGCCGACUGGUCUGGAACCGUCACGUUCUACGCCAAUUGCUUCGGUCUCAAGUGA